AUGACGCCUGCAGGGCGAUGGCAGCGCGAGUACGAGCGCGACUGGCGCGACUACGCGCGGCAAGUGAUCGCUAACCACUUUGGUAAAUACGCACUGCAGUGUUCUCCAGCUGUGACGCAGAAGGAUGAGCGUCAGCUUCGAGAAGCCCUGGCGUCGGUGGGUAUCAAGCACGCUCCGCCCAACCACAGUCGAUGGAACGCGCCUACCCCAGCGUCACAAACGUUUUCAGCACCGCAGAACUCAAUUGUCUCUGACGGAUCGUACGUGUACAGUACGCCACCGUCGCCGGAGAGCCAGAGCAUGUUUCCAGCGUUUAGCUCGCAAGAUUUCGCGUCUCAAUCGACCCCUCAACGCCGCGUGAGCGCCUCACAGCGAUUGCAAGUGCGAAUGGCUGAUGUGUCGCCCAUUGCUGAUAGUAGACGCACAUCAAUUGAGUGUGCAGGCACAAUUUCGCCUCCCUCGGGGGCUGCCAAGUCGCCCUGGACACCCGGCCAAUGGUCGCCGAAACCUGCUAGAAAGACGCGACGAACACCUCGUCGGUCGCUAGAACCGAGUUUCAGAGAAGAUCUGGAUGUGUCUAUGCACUCUAUGCAUCUGAGUGAUGAGGAGAACGAACGGAGCCUCGAGGAUGAUGCCGCAGAGGUGGAAGAUACGCAGAUGAUCGAUGUGUCUGAAGCACAUGUUGAAGAAAAAGAGGCUGCGGUAAUCAAGGAAGUAAAUAGUGAAGAGGAUAAGGGGCAAGUGCAAAUUGUCGAAUGUCAAGAGAAAAGUGUGGACGAACAAGAUGCUGCAGAGAAUGUUAUGGUGCAUCAUGACCCGGAUGAUGAAGAGAUGAAUGUAUCUAAGGAACUGGUGUUCAGUAGUGAUAGUGAAGAGGAUGACAUCGAAGACAAGGCUGAACCUGAAGCGGAGGCUGUGGUCGAGGAGGAAAAGACGCAUGGGGGUGUCCCAAUCCCUCCCGAAAGGAAUCGAUCCCCUCCACCUGAAGAUACAACCGAGAGACCUCCAUGGGCUUCAGAACCUGAUUUUGAGUUUGGAGAUGGAACUGAAUACGGCGACGAGAAUCAACAACAAGAAAGUGAACAACAAGACGUAAACAUGCACGAACCAGAGCCACCAGCCGUGGAAAGUGCACCUCAGUCACCCAUGGCAAGUCAACCAGUUGGAGAAUCAACUCAAGAAGACACACGAGCCACAGAUAAACAGCAAGAGCUUCGAGCGAAAUCAAACAAAACAUCAAGUCCUGCUUCCACUAAACGAAAGAGCGUCACCAAGCGGAAUCCUGCGACUCGAACGCGAUCAACAUUCGCUUCACCCACUGCUUCUUCGGUCCGAAGAACGUCGUACGCGACCCCCACAGCUUCGUCAGCAAGAAAAACAUCCAACGCAACUCCCACGGCUUCGUCAGCGCGGAAGCGAUCGUAUGCUACUCCGACAGCCUCAUCCGAGAGACGGACCACGUUUUCUCCUCCUACAGCUUCGUCAGCGAGGAAAGCGCCACACGGAUCUCCUGCACCUUCGGCAAAGAGAGCAAUGCAGACGCCUCCUACAGCCCCACCGUCUUCUAGAUCAGCUUUGUCGAGGAAGCGUGCAAACCGAGGUGCACUAUUGCAUACGAAGCUGCCACUGGAAAUGGAGUAUCGCUUUGCAAGCGAUCGACGCCGACGUAAAAGACGUCGUAAGUCUCUUGCAGCGAAGCCAGGAGUGUUCCCGUACGUCGUGCCGGAGCUCAUGGUGGAUCUGCAACCGUAUCAAAAAGAGGCGUUGCAGUGGAUGCUGGAACGAGAGAAGGAGCCUGGAGACCAUGUUACUAUUGACCAGCAACGGCGCGGGGACGCUACUGCGAUUGACGCGUUAGUUGCGAAAGUAUGUGGAGGAGUACUGGCGGAUGAAAUGGGUCUUGGAAAGACGAUAUGCUGUCUUGCUCUAAUCUGUGAAUCUCUACGUCGAGCGCGAGCAGCAGAUGCUAAAGAGAGAAGCAAGACAGGCAGUACAGUGCCUCGUCUUACUGCACCGACACUGAUCGUAACGCCGUUGUCUAUCUUGUCACAAUGGGAGCAAGAGAUCCGCGCCAAAACAAAUCUAAGUGUGGUGACGUAUCAAGGAACCACACGCAAGAGCUUCCGCUCUGCCACUCAGUUCAUGGGAGCAGAUAUUGUUCUCUCGACAUACGACACUCUCCGACUAUUGGAGUGCAAGGUUCGAGACAAGGACAGUGACAAUGAAGAACAUGGCGACGGUACUGCAGAGGACGGAUGGCAUCAAGCACCUCGUCUUACUCCGCAGUCCAAAAAGUCUGUGGUGACGUCGAAGCUCCAUCAACUGCAGUGGUUCCGAGUAAUCUUGGAUGAAAGUCACUUGAUCUCGAACGCCGGGUGUGCUCGAGCACGAGCUGCAUUUACACUUGGCAGUCGACGUCGUUGGUGUGUGACUGGAACACCAAUCCAGAAUGGAACAGCCGACUUGGCAGCGUUGCUGCAGUUCGUUGGUCUUGGCAACCGUGCGCAUGCGUUAUCUGAACGGGAGCUAAGUGCGUUAGUGCCUCGUGUCGUGAUGCGACGAUUGAAGUCUACACUGGACGCGCGUUCCAGAGCUCCUAUCCUGGAUCUACCGAUUAAAACUGAAGAGACUAUCGAGCUGGAGUUCGCUUCAGAUGUCGAGCGAGCUCUGUAUAUGCUGCUUCAUCGCUCGACUAAACGUCAAGUGCUUCGGUAUUUGCAGUCCAAAGAAGCUAAACAAAAUCGUCGGGUGCCUCUCACUACACCGACGAAAGAUGGAGAAGAGCGACCGCUUUUCAUGCACGUGUUUGAGCUCAUCUUACGACUGCGACAGGUGUGUGAUUCCUGUGCUCUGGUGACUGCAGACCCGUUGGCUGAGGUCCAAACACGAGCUGAAAGUGCGGAAGCUUUGGUCAGCAAAGGAAGAGACGGUAUCUCUCCGUUCUCCACGGGAGAAGCGGAGUUGUUAAAGAGUCUCCAGGAGCGCUCGAGUUCUGAUACUGUGGCUGGGUGUAAUCCGUUGGAAUCGACAAAGUUGACAGCGUUGAUGAAGGAGCUGAAGAAGAGCGUCUAG